UUGCAGGAUGUUGCACCACAUUUUGCACCCGGAAGAUCAGAGUUCCUGUUGGAGCCAUGGCAGCGGUGCCAUGGAAUAUCAUCGGCCUAUGCGUACUCUCCUACACCAUGGUACACAUCUCGGUGCAGAUCAUCACCUGCUCCUUGCCGUGCCUAAAACACGACACCAGCUUUGAGGAACCUUGGAGCACCACUGACUGCGGACGAGUCAUUGGAUUCGCUUCCUUAGCUGCUGCGCUGGGCUAUGGAAUCCAGGGCCCUGCCAUUGACCGAUGGGGUGCCGUUUUUGGUCUCAGCAUGGCACUGGGAGGAUGUUGCUUUGGUGCCGGUUUAAUGGCCACCUCCCAAACGCAGGCGCAGUUCAUUGCGGGCGCUUCGGUCUUGCGCUUCAGCUAUGCUGCAGGAUGGCCAGCCGAGAUGAAGGCUCUGAAGCUGUUGGUCCCCGAGGAACAUCAACCGAUGGCCGUCUCCACCCUGGGCUUCGCCUCGCGCGGCGGCGCCAUUUUGGGCAUGUGCGUCUUCGGGGUCCUGACGCAGAAUGAGAUUUUGACCUGGCGGGAGAUCGCCAUUCAGGCAGCCCUGAUCUUGCUUGUGAUUGGAGGUGGAGUGGUCGUCUUAGUGAGGCAACUGGUGAAAGCUGCCCCAUCAGAGGGCCGAGGCAAAGCACAACCAUUCCUAUCUUUGCUGCAGGAGCCUGCAGUGUGGCUCCUGACCUUUGCCUUUGCAUGUCUGUGUCACGUGCAGCACGCGGAUGAUUUCAUGCCGCUGCUGUUUCAUGGCCUCACUGGGUCGUCGCACAGUGUCACCUUCUCAGCCGUCUAUCCAGGCGGCGGAAUUGCUGCCAUGGUGCUGAACGCCUGGAAGGGGCAUCUGUUGACGCGUCGACAACGGGAGCAGCUCUAUGUCAUAGCCUCCGCUGCCUCGGCGGGCUGCUUGGCAGUACUGCUACUGCUGCAUCAGACCCAGGAAGGACCUGACUCAAGCCCUCUGAUGACUUGGCUCAUUGCGAUUAUCCUGUUUAUCGCAGCCUUCUGCUGCGCCAUGCCAUAUUACCUGGUCCCCAACCUUUUUGCCUUCGAUCUCAUGGGCACUGAAUGUGCAACCCUCAUUGCAUUCUUCGAGUGGACCUCGUUUUGCAGCAAAAUGCCGGCGCAUAUGUUCUCCUUGCACAUGGCAGAGACCAGUUGGGACCUGGUUCUGUUACAGAUGACCAUCACCAUGUUCUUGGCGGCGGUGUCAAUCCAAGCCUUACUCCCACGGUGGCGCGCCCUUCAAAAACAUCGGCGCCACGGUGGGAUCUCACCCAUGACCAACUCACCGGUGCUGAAAGCAGGAUCGCCCAUGAAAGGAGGUCGACUGGUCUCGGAGAUCUCCUUGGAGGAAGCGGCCACGGAUGACCACGUGGCGAGCUACACGGCCUUAUCGAAACGUGGCAAGUGAGGCCCGCUGUUGGCCUUUAUUGGCCAUGGGACUAUAGAUGCUGUAGGACACAAACGGGAAAUUCCGAUGGGAAUUUCCCUAGAUUUUCUCAAAUCAAUCACUAUUGGAGUUAUUCAAUCCAUUUUUGUUGAACUUCUUGAUCUUUAUCCCAACUUCAGAUGUUCA